AUGGCGCCUAGUGCAAUCCAAGAGCAGACGACCAACCUGGUCUCAGACAUCAAGGCGAAACUUGCAGCUGUUGGAACCGAUCCCGUUAAGGCCGCACUCUCAGCAGCGGAGGCCCGAUAUGUUGAGCGUAAUCCAAUAUCUGGAAAGCAGCAUGAAGUUGCUGUGAACAACCUUCCCGGUGGUAACACCCGCACACUUCUCCACACUUCGCCAUUUCCGCUUGUCAUGAAGCAGGGAAGAGGGCCAUUUGUUUGGGACGAAGAUGGCCACAAAUAUACUGACUUUGUCGGUGAGCUCACUGCAGGCAUCUACGGACACUCUCACCCUGUGAUCCGUGACGCUAUUUUCACCACAUUUGACAACGUUGGGUUGAAUCUUGGGUCCACCAUCAUCCAGGAGCAAAAGCAUGCCGCUCUAAUGUGCGAGCGUUUUGGCUUGGAACGUGUUCGGUUUACCAACUCAGGUACCGAAGCAAAUUUGCAUGCUCUUAAUGGAGCCAAGCAAUUUACCGGAAAGCGCAAGGUGGUGGUUUUCUGUGGCGCAUACCAUGGCGCCGUGCUUUCUUUUGGAGAUGGCAAGGUUGCCACGAACAACGUCAACAAAGAUGAUUGGGUGAUUGGCAGAUAUAACGACGUGGAAUCUGCUAAAGCUGUGAUUGAAGGUACGCCGGAUCUAGCUGCUGUUAUGGUGGAAGGUAUGCAAGGUGCUGGUGGCUGCAUUGUUGGAACCAAAGAGUUCCUGCUUCAGAUCCAGGAGUCUGCAAAGAAAGUGGGCGCCGUCUUCCUCCUUGACGAGGUCAUGACUUCUCGGCUAGGCCCCGGAGGACUGCAGAGCAUACUAGGCCUCAAACCAGAUCUCACGUCAUUUGGAAAGUACCUUGGAGGUGGUUUUGCAUUUGGCGCAUUCGGUGGCCGUGCUGAUAUUAUGUCUGUGUAUGAUCCACGAUCAUCUGGCUCGCUUGCUCAUUCAGGCACUUUCAACAACAAUACUAUGGCUAUGUAUGCUGGCUAUGCUGGCUUCUCAAAAGUUCUAACGCCUGAGGUAAAUGUUGCAUUCAACGCAAAGGGCGACGUAUACCGCCAGAAGUUGCAGGCCAUCACCAAGGGAACGAAAUGCUCGUUUACUGGACGUGGAGCAUUGAUGGCUAUACACUUCUCUGACACGGGGCUAGAGGACAUUAAGUCAGUAGAAGAUGUCCAAGAAAGAUGGGACCUCAAAGAUCUUUUCUGGUUUGAGAUGAUGGAGGAUGGAUACUGGAUUACUCGACGCGGAUCCAUUGCCCUAAUCCUUGACACUCCGGAUGAAGAGCUUGAUCGGUUUGUGGACUGUGUUGCCAGGUUCUUGGAGAGACAUAAGGACAUUAUGACACUAUAG